AUGGAGGAUUGCAAUGUCAAGAGUGUGUCUGGAGUCGGCAUUGUUGUACGCGAUGGAGCAAGGCUCAAAGCAACAAGGUGUAUAGUGUGUAGAUGUGGGCAGAAUGGAUUCUUCAUUUUCGGGAAAGGGGGUGCGAUUGUUGAUAGUUGUGAUAUUUGUGAAAAUUUGUUUCCCGGGAUCGGAAUCGACGGAAGCGUCGAAACCAUCGUGCGAAGAUGCAGAAUCCGUCACGGCAAAGGAGAUGGGAUCAAGAUCUACGGGAGCACAGGGGUCCUGCUGGAGAAGAAUGACAUCAGCCACAACGGAAGGGUAGGCAUCGCCAUCGAGGAUGGUGCAAACCCCAUUGUGCGUCAAAAUGCGAUCCAUGAUUCGCAGAGCUGUGGGAUUUCGAUCUUGAAGGGAGGAAAGGGCACCAUAGAAGGCAACGACAUCUACAGCAACGCACAUCCAAAUGUAUACAUUGCCAAGGGAGCCGACCCCGUCAUCAAGGGGAAUCAAAUCCAUCACGGCGGCAGUUGCGGCAUCACAUGUGUGGAAGAGGGACUGGGCACAAUCCACGAGAACGAGAUAUUCAGCAAUCUUUCAGUUGGAAUCUACUUGAUGAAUGGAGCAAACCCGAAGAUUUCUUCAAACGAGAUCAGAGACAGUGAGGGAGACGGUAUCUCAAUUUGCUUUGCCGCCAAGGGAGUCAUCAAGGAUAACAUUAUCAGAGGAAACUCAGGCAUUGGAAUACUGAUUGAGAGCGAAGCCGACCCAACGAUAGCGAACAACCAUGUGAUCGACUCGCAACUCCAUGGCAUCAAGAUCUGUCACAACGGUCGGGGAACUUUAGAAGGCAAUGUCAUUCGUGGAUCAGGUUGGAACGGAGGUGGGGGCUCGGGUAUAGUUCUUACAACUGGGUCAAGCCCAGUCAUAAUCGGCAACGAGAUCGAAGGGAACGCAACCCAUGGGAUUCUGUCUAUCGAUGGUGCUGGAGGACGAAUAGAGAAGAACACUGUCAGUGAGAAUCAAGGGAAUGGAAUCACCUUGACAAGAGACGCCAAAUCGACCAUCAAGGGCAACGUGUUAAGGGCAAAUGCUGGCUAUGGUCUAUAUCUGUUUCAAGCUCCCAAUGCUGUGAUCGGACAGAAUCAGAUGGCAAAUAAUGGAAAAGGGGACAUGAGAGCAUUCAAGGACGACGAUGUACUGACGAAUCUUGAUCGGUUGUCUGUAGGUGAUAUGUGA